GUUUCUCUGAAAUAUUAUUUGCAUAAUUUUGUGGUAUACAAAAUUUUUUGCAGAUAAAUAAUUCAGAGCUCCAUCUUUCUAAUUAGUAUAAUAUAUAUGGAGAAAAAACUAAACAGUGAUCUUAAACUUCACAUAGGAGUAUUGCCAUGGCUAGCACAAGGCCAUCUAAUCCCAUUUUUGCAAGUCUCCAAGUUCUUAGCUCAAAAGGGUCACAGUGUUUCCUUCCUCUCCACCCCCAAAAACCUCCGUCGUCUCCCAAACCACAUAGUUCCCUCAAAUCUUUCCCAUCUCAUAACUUUGGUGGAGCUGCCUUUGCCAUCUGUGGACGGCUUACCGGACGGGGCCGAGUCAACCGCCGACUUACCCAUUCACAAAGUCCCCUUCCUCAAGAAAGCCUUCGACGGGCUCCAACCAGGUUUGACUAAGUUCCUAGAAGACUCGGGCCAUGACAUUACUUGGAUCGUGCACGACUUCGCUUGUUACUGGCUACCUCCAGUCGCGAGUCGACUCGGGAUCAAGUCGAUUUUCUUUUCCAUAUACAACGCUACAACGAUGGCAUUUGUGUUACCGCCGUCGGAUUUAGUGAGCGAUUACCGCAACCGACCAGAGGACUUCACGACGGUUCCAAAGUGGUGGAAGGAUAUGCCUUACGAGGCCGCUUAUAGGUUGCACGAGAUGGAGUCCCACUGGGACUGCAUGGACUCGGACGUGUCGGAUUUUCAGCGGUUAAAGGAGGUGAUUCGGGGUUGCCAUAUCUUACUCGUCCGGACUUGCCCCGAGUUCGAAUCCGACUCACUUAGUCUGCUCAAGCAUCUACACAAGAAGCCUGUUCUUCCUAUUGGGCUGUUGCCACCGUCAGAAUCUCGCGAGGUUGGAGACGAGAGAUGGGAGGUUCUGAAACAGUGGCUAGAAUGCAAAAAAGUUAACUCCGUGGUUUACAUUGCCUUCGGUUCGGAGUUGAGUCUGACUCGAGAAUGGAUGCACGAGUUAGCUUAUGGGAUAGAGAAAUCUGGGUUGCCCUUUAUUUGGGUGAUUAAAGAUCGCCCGUUGGUGGAAGGGCAAUUGGGUUCGGACAUAAUUCCAUGUGGGUUUGAAAGCCGGGUCUCGGAUCGAGGUGUGGUGUGGAGGGGUUGGGCGUCCCAAAUGAGGAUCUUGGCUCACCCUUCGGUUGGCGGGUUCUUGACUCACUGCGGUUGGAGUUCGGUGGUCGAGGGACUCGUGCUCGGGCGGGGGUUGAUUCUGUUUCCCGGUGGAAGCUCAGAUAUGGGGUUGAAUGCGAGGUUGUUUCACAACAUGGGAUUCGGGUUGGAAAUUCCCCAGGAUGAUAGAAACGGGUCGUUUACUAGUGACUCGGUGGCUGAGUCAAUUCGGCGAGUCAUGGUGGACGAGGAAGGAGAGCCACUCAGAGCUAAGUCACGUGAGAUGAAGGAGAUAUUUGGCAAUCUGGAACUGCAGAACAAGUACUCGAACGAGUUCAAUGAGUUCCUGUGGAAGCAUUUUCCGACCACCUUCUUCUAUGAAAUAGCAUAAAUGAUCGCAUGGUGGUAGCUGGGUUGGACCUUAUCUCGUCCUCUUUAUGCAUUCAAAGAGUCCACAGCCUUAACUACUGUAUAUAUAAACAAAUCAUCACACACACU